CAGAAGUUUUAUGUCUCUGUCAUUGUUGCCCGAUGCGGAUUUAAAAGGUUUGAGGCAGUGAACGAGCGGAUCAGUCAGGAACUAGUAUCUCCCCCCCCCCCACCAUAAACUUGGAUUGCCGUCGCUUAUUUCAAUCACGUAAGACCCCUAAUGGCGUUGUCCGGGCGAGGGUGUUACGUAUAUCUGUACAAGCUUUUCUGACAACGCAGGCUUGUUGAUAUUUGUCUUUUACUGUAGAGCCACCAAGGUGUUGCCGAAGAGAGUUUAAGCACGCCGAUAUUGCAAAGGGUUAUUAGAUUCAUAAGUCAGCGAAGUGGUGGGCGAUCUACUGAGCACAGCAGAAGUUCUCAUAUGAUGACUUCAAACAAGACACAUUACCUACCAGCAUCUGUUGGAGUGAGUGGAUAUUAAGACACUUCUAUCUCCAGGACAGCGUAGGGGAAAAUGCACGUUGGACAGAGGCACCGGAGUCGUGCAUGGACUAAAACGCCGAGUGGACGCCAACUCUCUUUCUCUCUCUUUUCCCAGCCCCCCCUUUGCCAAACCUGGGAUUGUUUUUUCAACUUUUGUUCCACCAGGUUAGAAGAGUGAUGACCAUCCUGUUCCUUACUAUGGUUAUUUCAUACUUCAGUUGCAUGAGAGCUGCGCCCCUGAGAGACGCCCCGGGCAUGCGGGGCCAUCGGACGGAAGGCUACCUGGGCGCCGCUGCGACGGCCGCACGAGGCCAUGGGACUCCACAGAGUGGUGGUGGGCCAGGCCAGCGUGGGGAACUGCCCUCACUCACAGACACGUUUGAGCAGGUGAUAGAGGAGCUGCUGGAGGUGGAGGGAGAGGCGGCACAACUGGGACAGGGGGCUGAUAAGAACCAGGGAGGUGGGGGCCCGUCUUCCGUGGUCACCACAGAGACCAAGGAUGUCGACCUGUACGACUCGCGGGUGAUGAUCAGCAACCAAGUGCCUUUGGAGCCGCCCUUGCUCUUUCUUCUGGAGGAAUACAAAAACUAUCUGGAUGCCGCUAAUAUGUCCAUGAGGGUGCGGCGACACUCCGAUCCCUCACGGCGUGGAGAGCUCAGUGUGUGUGACAGUAUUAGCCAGUGGGUGACAGCUGUGGAUAAAAAGACGGCAAUAGACAUGUCUGGGCAGACAGUUACCGUCAUGGAAAAGGUCCCUGUCCCCAAUGGCCAACUGAAGCAAUACUUUUAUGAGACCAAAUGCAACCCCAUGGGGUACACAAAGGAGGGCUGCAGAGGAAUAGACAAGCGGCAUUAUAAUUCCCAAUGCAGGACAACCCAGUCCUACGUGCGAGCGCUUACCAUGGAUAGCAAAAAGAAGAUUGGCUGGCGGUUUAUAAGGAUAGACACUUCAUGUGUAUGCACAUUGACCAUUAAAAGAGGGAGAUAGUGUAUAAAAUGUAUAGAUUUUAUUGAAGAGUUUAAAAAAGAGAAUAAAGAGAAAAUAUCUAUUUGUAUAUAUACAUAACAGGGUAAAUUAUUCCGUCAAAUGAAAAUUUUAUGGACUGCAUGUAAAAAAAAGAUGAAGUUUAUACAGUAAAAGUGAUACUACAGUCUAUUUAUUGAACAUAUUCAUGACCUUGUAAACAAUUAAAAAAAAUCUGAUCAGUCA